UCCGUUGGAACUUUCAAAUUAGACAGCGUACGUACGCAACGCAUGCACGCGAGCGAGCGAAGGUGGCUUCUCGGUGAGCUAACCGUGUCAACCGUGUGUCGUUUGGCGGAUCUUCAACGUUUUCUCUGAAUCGGUGCUAUCGCGACUCGCUGACGUGUGAAAGGCGCGGAGUUGAGGUGACGCGAUGCCGCACAACAUAUACUAUUCCGACAAGUACUACGAUGACAAAUUCGAGUACAGGCACGUGGUUUUGCCAAAAGAAAUGGUGAAGCUGGUGCCAAGGACUCAUCUGCUGUCCGAGCAGGAAUGGAGAGCUAUUGGAAUCCAGCAAAGUCAAGGAUGGGUGCACUACAUGAUUCAUGAUCCCGAGCCACACAUUCUACUGUUCAAGAGGAAAAUAACGACACCGAUGGAGCUGAGAGGGGAACAGAAUUAAAAUGCAGCAAAGUUAUCUCGUCUUGUAAAUAACAAUUUAGAUCAUGUUCAUAUUUUAUAGUGGAACAUAUUUACGAUUCAUAAUUCAUCUUACUACUUCCUGUCUUUCCUUCACUUGGUCUCGCUAGCAAGACCGACUAUGCACCGUAUAACAUCAAAUUCGCUUUCCAAAAGUUCAAUUAAAAACACGUCGCGAAUUAAAACAAAAUUUCUCGUGAAAUUCCACAGAAUAGUAUGUCCAUGGUCGUUUAUCUUCAAAUUACUUCGCAUUGCCAUUCAAAAAAUGUCAAGCAAGUAUGCUGUAUAUAUGUUUAUAAAAUGUAUUAGUUAUUAAUUCCAAUUUAGCUUUUGUAUUUCUUUUCUUUUUUUUUUUUUUCAUUGAAACUCGAGAACAAAGGAUACAUCAACUUGAAACAAAAAAAAAAUGAAAUAUUCUAGUUGUUUCCAAAGACUGUAACUCCGAAGCGAAGUAAUUCAUAAGAACAUAUGUGAUUACAGUGCCUUCUUGUAGGACUUAUCAUUAGUAUAAAAUUUCUAAUUAAGGUGCCUAAAAUGAUUUUCUUUUCAAAUUCGACACUUGAUGCAAAAGUUUUAUUUAUACAAGGGAAGUGUAAAUGCAUUUCAAGUUCUUUUGUAAUUCGUUCAUUUAGAUUUUAGCAUGUUGACUUUGGCACACAGUCUUUGCAUUUACUUUCGUCAAACUACUUCUACUUUUUGUAUCGAAUAAAUCUAUGUGCCGCGUAUAAUUAUGUAUCUUAUAAAGCUAUAUAAUUAUUUAUAUUAAUUUCAUGCUCGAAAUACAUCGGACUUUCUCGCGUUCAAACUUCAGAUUAGCUUAGCAUCCGAGCGAUUGUGGUUUGCCCUUUUUUUUUAUAAGAAAAGAAAAAAUGUAUUACUAAUAUUGUGUUAAAUAAAUGUUUGCAUUUAUGAGCAA